AAAAAUAAACAGUAAAUAUUAUUUAUUUAUUUACUUUGAUAUUUGGUUUCGGAAUUCGGAGUUUAAUUUAAAAUUUACACAGUAAAAUUAUCAUGGCUGAUGAUUGUGACGAGUUUCCACCGAUUAUAGUAAAUUCGACAUUACGAGAAUCUGUACUGCAAUUUAGUAUGCCGUCUGCUGAGGUGCUGGCUUCUCAACGCGCUCGGGAUGAGGAGUGUGAGGAGGAAUUACGGCAGUUGCGCUUGCAAUAUGAGAAACAGGAGGCAACAGUAAGACUUGUGGGCUGUGACUCAAGUGGGUCCGAGAGUGAGGCCUCUCUUACUGCAGCUGUGGAUGCACUCAGAGUCACAUCUGGCUCCACCACCCCAGAACCUGAUGCAGCCCAAAUUAUUGCUAAACUUGCAAAUGAACUUAUUGAGUAUGAUACAAUAUUCCUGCCUCAAUAUUUGGAAGUUUUACUCACAAAGAAACAAGACAUAAUUUGUUCAGUUACAAAUGAAAUAGUGUCAACUAUAGAGGGGGUUAUCCUGGAGGGCGUUAGCGAGGGCGGCAGCGAGGUGGUGGUCGCAGGCUGCUGGCUGGCGGCGGCCGCCGUGUGGCGAGCGCCGCGGGUGUCCUCGGCGGGGGCGCUGCUGCGGGCGGUGCUGCGGGGAGCCAGCGACCACCAGGUGACAGCGAUAGGCGCGGCAGUGGCGCGUUCGUUGUCGUCCCCCGCGUGGCUGGUGCGUGUCGGGGACGCGGUGCUCGGCCCGCUCCGUCCGCAGCGCCUGCUGGCGGAGCGACUACUGGCCUGCGCGCUGGCGCGGCUCUCGCCGCCGCCCGCGAGGCUUGACAUAGAGCGGCGCGGCGUGGUAUCGCUGCGAGAUGUGAUCGCGUGUGUCCGCGACGUUUGGCGACGCAGCGCGGCCGGCGCAGACGACGGAGGAGAAGAAACACCCGACGAGGCGAGACAGGCCGCGCUGCUGGUAGCGGGGCGAGCCCUCGCCGCAGCCGAGUGCCAGCCCGGGUCAGCUGAUGAUGCGCGUGCCUUGCUCGCUGUACUGGCGCUGCCGCCUGCCCACCAUCAUCGCAACACUCCUGAACACCUCAAGGUUCUUGUUGGUGCUUCAAAGCUACAGAUACUGUUUAGCCAACUUCAAUGAACAAUCAAUUAAACUGUGUUAGGGAUGAUAUUUUGUAUGUUAUUACUAUAAUUGUUAAUUUAUAAGAGAUUGUAAAUACAAUAUUUUUCUAAUAAAAUUUAAUAAAGAUCGC